AUGCUACCAACCUUUUUAAUGCUUGCGCCUGCUUUCUUCACUUCGCUUAAUUCAAAGAGAAGUCGUCUUUUUCAACAUCUGAAAAAUGUGAAAGAAAAUUUUAAAGCUCAUCUCAUCUCAUCUCAUCUGGCAAAGCGAAAGCUCUACUUACCAUCAACAACAGGCAUCGCAAGAAUGAGCACUGCUGCCGUUAGUAACACUACUAUACCGCCUGAUGAUGAGGAAAUCGCCCUCAGUAAACUAGUAUUCGGUGAUACCGCAGACUUUUAUGAAGCGUUAGCCCGUGUCGAUAUCGGACAAGAUGAAGACUUAAGUGACGGUGAAGAUGUCGAUAUGAUUGAAGCUUCCAGUGGGGAUGAGGGAGCCAGUGAUGAUGAUGAUUUGAAUAGAGUGCAUGAUGAUCAACUUUUUUUUGUUGACGAUGGUGAAAAUUUAGACGAUCCACCGAUUGAAAAGGGUGUUUCCGACAUGGAAAGCGAUAGCGAUAGCUCUAGCGAAGCUGCAUGGUCUGACUCAGAAGAUGAGAGGAUUUCUUUUGCUAUUUCCAGCUCCAAUAAAACCAAGAAACUGCGCAAAUCGUAUGUCGAGUCUACUUUAAAUGGGAAAGAAUACGUCAUGCGGUUAAGAUCUCAAUUUGAAAAGAUUUUUCCCAGACCCAAAUGGGCAGAUGACUCGGGCGAUGAACACUCACCAAGCGACGUUGGUUCGGACGACGAAGAAUCUGACCAAGUCAUUAACGGAGACGUUCACGCUUUGUCGAAAAUAUUGCAAAGCACCAGUGCGUAUAAGGACGUCUCCACUGUUGUUUUGGCUCCUAAGAUUCUCGAUAUUACGCGUCUCAAAGAUGCUAACUCUCAGCGUCCAUCGCAUUCCGGUAUUCAAUCUCUAUCAUUCCACCCCUCCAAACCUUUACUCUUGAGUGGUGGGUAUGAUCGCACUCUGCGCAUUUAUCACAUAGAUGGCAAGAAUAAUCAUUUGGUCACAAGCGUUUACCUCACGGGCACACCGGUGCAAACUUGUACUUUUUACGUGUCGCCAUCUCAGACUGAACAAAAAGUUUUCAGUGCUGGAAGACGCCGUUAUAUGCAUUCAUGGGACAUUUCCAACGCCUCUUCACAAUACGCUAAGAUCGAAAAGAUAUCCCGUUUGUACGGGCACGAACAAACUCAGAGAUCUUUUGAAAAGUUCAAAGUCGGUCACUUGUAUACCCCUGAAAGUGGUCUCCAUGGCAUCAUUUUUUUGCAAGGUAACAAUGGCUGGAUCAACAUUUUACACGCCACUACCGGCGUUUGGCUAGCGGGUUGUAAAAUUGAAGGCGUUCUUGCAGAUUUUUGCAUCGAUUAUAUCCCACUGAAAAUGGGCAAAUUCCGAACCAUUUUGAUAGUUGUGAAUUCUUACGGUCAAGUCUGGGAAUUUGAUGUUUCCAAUAAGGCCCAAGUUCUAAAAAAGUGGGAAGAUAGUGGAAGUGUUGGUAUAACCACAAUCCAGGUGGGUGGAGGAACCAGUUCAGCACAGCUCUCCCCAUUCAACGAGGUCAGGCCCAACAGAUGGCUGGCUAUCGGUAGCGAAAGUGGGUUUGUUCACGUAUACGAUCGAAACUCGUCUUCCAAUAAACUAUCCUUCGCUCUGGAUCAGUUGACUACUUCCAUAUCUUCCUUGGCAUUUUCAUUUGACGGACAAAUAAUGUGCAUGGCAUCCAGAGCAUCCAAGGAUGCUUUGAGACUCGUACAUCUGCCCUCAGGAACCGUGUUUUCUAACUGGCCCACUAGCGGUACACCUCUAGGGAAAGUGACAAGUGUCGCAUUUUCUCCCAGAGGAGGUUUUCUUGCCGUGGGCAAUGAACAAGGUAAGGUAAGGCUAUGGAAGUUGAAUCAUUAUACAUAG